AUGGUAUAUGUUUAUAUUGAUUAGCUUCCAUAAGAAAUUAAAAAGCAUUUUAAAUACACAUAAGAUCCACUUAAUCCAUAAAAUUAUGCUAAGUUUAGUGAAAUUAAACUCUAUAUAGAUCAAUAUAAUGAUGAUCAUAUAGAUUAGUUAAAAAUUCAAGAAAUCAUUGGAACUAAAUUCAUAAUGUAAAGUGAUUUAUAAGCAUUAUAAAUUGCCUGGGAAGCAGAUCAUAGACCUAAAGAAAUCUUAGAUGAAAUUAGAGCAAGAGAAAUGAGAUGUAAAGACAGAGCAUUUAUAUAAAAAUCAUCCUAAUUAACUAAAGGUGUAUUCCAAGAAAAAAAAUAAGAGUCCAUUAAAGAAUAUGAAAAAAGUGUUAAUUUUGGAUUGUCAUUCAUUUUUAGCAUCUUUGCAAGUGGAUUAUUAGGUUAUUAUCUUGGAAUUUACUUUUUCCAACUUACAUAUGAUUAAUCAUUAGCAUUAGCAGCAUUCUUUUUGAUUGGGGCUUUGAUAGUAGAAACUGGAUUAUAUAUAGUAAAAAUAAUGAAGGAAGAUAGGAUCAGAAAAAUUAAUUAGAGAUAGAAUAAUAAAUAAAAUAAGACAUUCCCAACUAAAUUUAAAAAAGAAUGA